CGCUACUGAAGGGUACGUUAUGCCUGCGCGACAUUGUAUUGCUGUCGGUUGUACUGCCGAUAGUCGAAGCAGCUCUAAUUUACUCUUCCACCAGUUACCCAAGGUAGAGAGCGAAUUGAAAAAGUGGCUAAGUUUGAUAAGGCGAGAGGGAUUAAAAAUAGACAGUUCUUGCGACAACAGACACUAUGUUGUCUGUUCCAAACACUUUGUUGACUCCUUUCCAACACCGCAAAACCCUUACCCAACUUUGUUUACAUAUAAUCAAUAUAAAAAAUCAACUCCACGGAAAACGAAGAAUUCUAAUUCAAGCAGGUCGUCUUCAACAAACGUCAAACAGCAUGAUCAGCCAUCCAUCAAAACUGUUCACCUCGUCAAAUGUGAGCCAGCCACCGACAAAACACAGAUAUGUUAUCCGUAUGUAGUGGGAGAAUUAGACAUUCCACAAACAGAUGUCAACAAUAACAACGGAAUUAAAACAGAGGUUGGAUGUGAUAUUCAGUGUCAAAAUAUACAGCAUGACCAUCAUUAUAUCUGCUGUGACCCAGAGAAGAAGUAUUGUGGGGAACAUGACCUUUUGGAAAGAAUAACAUCCUUAGAGGCUAGGUGUUCGGAGCUAGAAAAAGAAAACAGGGAACUGAGAGAGGAAAAUCAGACAUUGCAAGCCCUGAAAAUGCAGAAAAAUGACUUCAGGAAUGAUCUUAUAGGAAAAAUUAUACAAGAUGAUAACAACAUCAAACACUUUCUUGGACUGCCAUCCCUCAGCUUUCUCACAUUCUUCCUUCAGUUUUUGGCACCAUAUUAUAACAAAGUUUCAUUUUGGAAAGGGGCUGGGAGGUCAGGAUCCAAGAAGUGGCAAGAGAAGAAUCAACAAAAACCUGGCAAACAGAGAAAAUUAACCAUGAAGGAAGAGUUCGUAUUGGUUAUGCUUAAAUUAAGACUCGGUUUAGACAAUGCAACUCUAUCUGUUUUAUUCAAUGUGUCCGUUGGAUAUGUCUCAACCUUGUUCGGCACAUGGAUUAAUUUCUUAGCACAAAUUUUAAAUCCUGUUAUCAAGUGGCCAUCCAAAGAAAAAAUUCUGAAACACAUGCCUUUAUCCUUUAAGCUAAAAUACCCUAAUACUACAUCAAUAAUUGACUGCACCGAAGUGUUCAUUCAAAAACCCAAAAACUGUUCAGCUCAGGCAAGUACUUGGAGUAAUUACAAGUCACAUAACACUCUUAAGGCUCUGGUGGCUAUCCAACCCAAUGGAGCUUUUACAUUUGUUUCCAAAUUCUGGAGUGGUAAUGUCAGUGACUGAAAAAUUACUGUGGACAGCAAAUUUCUUGACCUUAUUUCCCCAGGGGAUGAGGUGAUGGCAGACAGAGGAUUCCAAAUAAAAGAUCUUCUUACCCUGAAAGGAGCAUAUUUAAAUAUGCCACCUUUUACGCAUGAGAGAAGAAAUGGGAAGGGGAGAGUACUCUCAUCUAAACAGAUUCUUGAAACUCGGAAGAUUGCUUCUCUACGCAUCCAUGUCGAACGGGCUAUCAGAAGACUCAAAUCCUACAAAAUGUUAGCAGGAAUUCUCCCAUUAAAUAUGAAAAACUUGUCAUCAGCCAUGCUACGAGUUGCAGCAGCUUUUUGUAACUUCAUGCCACCUCUGUCAAAAAAAUUUAAAUAAGGAAAAUUACUGUUGUUCAUGUGUACCGUUAAUUUGAUGGGCGGUUUUCUUUUCCAGCAACAUAAA